GUACUGUACAGAGCCUGCCAGAAGGAGGUGUAUGUGUGUACACAAUCUGAGUCAGAAAAAGUGCUUUUACUAUGGCUAAUACCAGUUUUCCAACCAAAGCUGAACAUUUGAAGAUACCAAUCCCUUCCUGCACUUGCACUCAUCCAGUGGGCUAAGGCGGACCCACCCAUGCUGUCACCUGGCCACCGUCUGUGCACCUCUUUGCUGGCUGUGUGUUUGGAGGCAUCUGUGCAUGAGGAGAGGUUUGUUCUAUGGCCUCAGAGCUGGGUGCCACGGAGGAUGGCAGCUGCACAGAGCUGGCAAAGCCCCUCUAUCUGCAAUAUCUGGAAAAAGCUCUACGACUGGAUCAGUUUCUCCGACAGACAUCUGCCAUCUUCAACAGAAGCAUAUCCAGUGAUGAAAGUGAGGAUGGACUGGAUGACAAUCCUUUACUGCCUCAGUCUGGGGGUCCCCUGAUGCAAGUUAAGGAGGAACCCCCAAACUCGUUGCUUGGGGAAUCUUCUGAAGCAGGGAAUUCGGGGAUGUUAAACGCACAUUCCCUCAAUGGGAUAUUGCAGCCGGAGCCAAAGUCAGAAAAAGGGAGUCUGUAUAACUUUUCCAAACUGAAGAAAAGUAGAAAGUGGCUGAAGAGCAUUCUCCUGAGUGAUGACUCCAGCGACACGGAUUCACCCAGCGAUGAGGAUGGAGAGGAAGAGGAAUUUUCUCUUUCCAGGGAGGAGCUUCACAAUAUGCUUCGAUUGCACAAGUAUAAGAAGCUGCAUCAAAGUAAAUACAGCAAGGACAAAGAGUUGCAGCAAUAUCAAUACUACAGCGCAGGGCUGCUGUCCACACAUGAUCCAUACUACGAGCAACAGCGUCAUCUUGGGCCCAAGAAAAAGAAAUUUAAAGAAGAGAAAAAAUUAAAAGCCAAAUUGAAAAAGGUUAAGAAAAAAAGGAGACGGGAAGAAGAACUCUCCUCAGAGGAGUCACCACGACGCCACCAUCACCAGACCAAAGUUUUUGCCAAGUUUUCGCAUGAUGCACCUCCACCAGGGUCCAAGAAAAAACACUUGACUAUUGAACAGCUCAAUGCUCGACGGCGGAAAGUCUGGCUUAGCAUUGUUAAAAAGGAACUGCCAAAGGCAUACAAACAGAAAGCUUCAGCGCGCAACCUCUUCUUAACUAACAGCAGGAAGUUGGCCCAUCAGUGCAUGAGAGAGGUGCGUCGAGCUGCCAUCCAAGCCCAGAAGAACUGUAAGGAAACUCUACCACGGGCACGUCGCCUCACCAAGGAAAUGCUACUUUACUGGAAGAAGUAUGAGAAAGUAGAAAAAGAACACCGCAAACGGGCUGAGAAAGAAGCUCUGGAGCAGCGCAAGCUGGAUGAAGAGAUGAGAGAGGCUAAGAGGCAGCAGCGAAAACUUAACUUCCUGAUCACACAGACUGAACUAUAUGCACAUUUUAUGAGUCGCAAACGAGAUAUUGGACAUGAUGGCAUACAGGAGGAAAUUCUGCGGAAGUUGGAAGAUAGCUCAACCCAAAGGCAGAUUGAUAUUGGUGGUGGAGUAGUGGUUAACAUCACCCAAGAAGAUUAUGAUAGUAACUACUACAAGGCCCAGGCUCUGAAGAAUGCAGAAGAUGCUUACCAGAUUCAUCAGGCCCGGACCAGAUCAUUUGAUGAAGAUGCAAAGGAGAGUAGAGCAGCUGCCUUACGAGCUGCCAACAAAUCUGGCACUGGCUUUGGAGAGAGCUAUAGCCUAGCAAACCCAUCUAUUCGGGCUGGAGAGGACAUUCCACAGCCUACCAUUUUCAACGGUAAACUGAAAGGAUACCAAUUGAAAGGCAUGAAUUGGCUGGCCAACCUGUACGAGCAGGGUAUCAAUGGAAUCCUGGCAGAUGAAAUGGGUUUGGGUAAAACAGUGCAGAGUAUUGCUCUGCUUGCACAUCUGGCUGAGAGAGAGAACAUCUGGGGACCCUUUUUAAUAAUUUCACCUGCCUCUACACUCAACAACUGGCAUCAGGAAUUUGCCAGAUUUGUUCCUAAAUUUAAGGUGCUACCAUACUGGGGAAACCCCCAUGACAGAAAAGUGAUCAGGAAAUUCUGGAGUCAGAAGACAUUGUAUACUCAGGAUGCCCCCUUUCAUGUGGUGAUCACCAGUUACCAGCUGGUAGUCCAGGAUGUGAAGUAUUUCCAGCGAGUGAAGUGGCAAUAUAUGGUACUUGAUGAAGCACAGGCACUCAAAAGUAGCUCCAGUGUUCGCUGGAAAAUCCUGUUGCAGUUCCAGUGUCGAAAUCGACUCUUACUGACUGGAACCCCAAUCCAGAACACUAUGGCUGAGCUAUGGGCUCUGCUGCACUUUAUCAUGCCGACACUGUUUGAUUCCCAUGAGGAGUUCAACGAGUGGUUUUCUAAGGAUAUAGAGAGCCAUGCAGAGAACAAAUCUGCCAUCGAUGAGAAUCAGCUAUCCCGUUUGCACAUGAUCCUGAAGCCUUUCAUGUUAAGAAGAAUCAAAAAGGAUGUGGAAAAUGAGCUGUCAGACAAGAUUGAGAUUCUCGUGUACUGCCAGCAGACUAGCCGACAGAAGCUGCUAUACCAAGCUCUAAAGAACAAAAUCUCUAUUGAUGACCUGCUGCAGUCCUCCAUGGGCACUACACAGCAAGCACAGAACACCACUAGUAGUCUCAUGAAUCUAGUCAUGCAGUUCAGAAAGGUGUGUAAUCACCCAGAGCUGUUUGAGCGACAAGAAACUUGGUCUCCAUUUUACAUCUCCUUAAAGCCAUACCAGAUUUCAAAGUUCAUCUACCGUCAUGGACAGAUCAGGGUCUUUAACCACUCACGGGACAGGUGGUUACGGGUUUUGCUUUCGCCAUUCGCACCGGAUCACAUCCAGCAGUCUCUUUUUCAUAGAAGGAGUGCCAAUGAAGAAAGCUGUUUUUCUUUCCUCCGGUUUAUUGAUAUGUGUCCGGCAGAAAUGGCAAAACUCAUGCAUCAGGGACAUUUAGCCAGGUGGUUAGCUCUUUUCCUGUCUCUGAAAGCUGCCUACAGGCUCCAUCACCUGCGCUCCUGGACAGAGCCAGGAGAGAACCAGCAGACAUCUCAGUGUUUGAGGAACAAAGAUUUCUUGCUUGGAGUCAAUUUUCCACUCUCUUUCCCCAACCUGCACAGCUGCACUUUGCUACAGAACCUUGUGUUCAGUAGCCACUGUAAAGCAGUUACUGGCUUUUCAGACCACGUAAUACAUCGAAGGAGAUCAGCUACCUCAUGUGUACGGUGCUGUCAGGUCACUGAGCUGCCGUCCUUUCUGUGCAUGGCCAGUCCACGGGUGACCGCUGUGCCACUGGAUUUCUACUGCAAUGAUCGAAGUGCAGAAUAUGAGCGUAAAGCACUAAAGGAAGGAGGAAGUCUUGAAGCAAAGCAGUGUGUAUUAAAUGGUUCUCCUGAACUCGCAGCUGACUGGCAGAAGCAAAGCUCCCAGUUCUUCCCAGAAUAUCCAGGAGGGUUGUUAGGGAUUAGGCCUCAGAAUGGCUGGUCUUUCAUCCGGAUACCAGACAAAGAGAGCCUUAUCACGGACAGUGGGAAGCUUUAUGCUCUUGAUCUUCUGUUGACACGGCUGAAAUCUCAAGGACACAGAGUUCUAAUCUACUCUCAGAUGACACGGAUGAUUGACUUACUGGAGGAGUACAUGGUUUAUAGGAAACAUACCUAUAUGCGGCUGGAUGGUUCUUCAAAGAUCUCUGAGAGGCGAGACAUGGUAGCUGACUUUCAGAACAGGAAUGAUAUUUUUGUGUUCCUGUUGAGCACAAGAGCUGGAGGCUUGGGCAUUAACCUCACAGCUGCGGAUACGGUAAUUUUCUAUGACAGUGACUGGAACCCAACAGUAGACCAGCAGGCCAUGGACCGGGCACACAGACUGGGGCAGACAAAGCAAGUCACUGUGUACCGAUUGAUAUGUAAAGGCACCAUUGAAGAGCGCAUCUUGCAGAGAGCCAAGGAGAAAAGUGAGAUUCAGCGAAUGGUGAUUUCAGGUGGCAAUUUCAAACCAGACACCUUGAAACCCAAAGAGGUGGUCAGCCUUCUCCUGGAUGAUGAAGAACUUGAGAAGAAACUACGCCAGCGUCAGGAAGAGAAACGGCAGCAGGAGGAGACAAAUCGUGUGAAAGAGCGUAAACGAAAGAGGGAAAAGUAUGCUGAAAAGAAAAAGAAAGAAGAUGAGUUGGAUGGAAAGAGAAAGAAAGAAAGCAUGAACCUGGUGAUCCCAUUUGUUCCCUCAGCUGAUAACUCCAACCUGUCUGCUGAUGGUGAUGACUCCUUCAUUAGUGUAGACUCCGCCAUGCCUAGCCCCUUCAGUGAGAUCUCCAUCAGCAGUGAGUUGCAUAUGGGAUCUAUCCCUCCUGAUGAAAGUAGCAAUGAUAUGCUGGUAAUUGUGGAUGACCCAGCAUCUUCAGCACCUCAGUCAAGGGCCACAAACUCUCCUGCUUCCAUCAUGGGCUCAGUCUCAGACACCAUGAAUGGAAUUUCAAUGCAAGAUAUGUCUAUCACAGGAAGAGGCCAUUCAGGUAGAAGCCGGGGUCGCCCUAAAGGUUCAGGCAGUGGGUCGAAAGCCACAGGGAAAGGCCGAAGCCGGAAGUCAACAGCAGGAAGUGCGGCUGCAAUGGCAGGCGCCAAAGCUGGGGCAGCAGCAGCCUCUGCAGCAGCAUAUGCAGCAUACGGGUACAACGUGUCUAAAGGUAUGUCUGCAAGUAGCCCUCUCCAGACAUCAAUUAUACGGCCUGCUGGACUUGCAGACUUCGGACCUUCAAGUGCUUCUUCUCCCCUGAGCUCCCCUUUGAGCAAAGGAAAUAGUGUUUGUGGGACCCCAAAAAGCUUAAAUCUGACCAGCAGCCUGAUAUCAGAAACCCCAAUUCGGAAGCAAAGUAAAGGAGCCCACACGUCAGGUGGGCGGUAGUAAUUUUGAAGCCUUGAAGUUUCUCUAACCAUAUUGGCUUUCAGAGUAGCCCACCCUGCCAGCAGGAGGCAUAUGCAGAGGAACGCCUUUUGCCAUCCCACAUGUGUAUGAAAAGAAAAUCAUAGCAUAAUAGGGAUGGGUGGUUUACGUGAGCACUUUGAUUAUGUGUAUCCCAAAAAAUUACCUUCGCAGACGCUACGAGGAGGAGGGAUGGGGACUGGGGUUAAAUGAGAGAUUUUUUUUUACAUUAAUUUUUCACCCGUUUUACUGAUGCAUUCUACAAAGCUUACUGGAAAAAGAUCUACCUAGAAAGUGUGAUGUCCUGCAGCCAUUUGUGUUUGUGGCCACACCAGUGUACUGUUCUUCCUCCUCUUUCAGCUUCAGGUGGAGUUCAGUUCUAUUCUUAUUCUAAGAAAUCAGUAGCUGAACUCUGAGGGUACCCUACAGAGUUGGAGGAACCCUCUGCACUGAGGACUUGGCAGUGCAUUUGGGGUGGGCCCAUCUGUGGAUAUUGUGGCCAUGUAGUUUGGUACCUCUAGUAUGGAUCUGUGGAUUCCGAGAAGAAUUCUUUAAAGACCUUGAGUUCAAGGGAAGGGAAAAGAAAUCUCCCAAAAGUUUCCAAGAACUGGACUCUUGUCAGCACCAUGUUUUUGAUCUUGUUCUAGACAUGAGGUAAUUGCAACUGCAGUUGGACAGAGUAGGCCUGGUGACACUAAUGUUGCUGUCUCUACUUCAUGGAGUGGGAGAGGCUACAGGUCACUGGUUUACAUUUCAGAGCCCAAGUCUGUUAGCAUGAAUGUUCAUUUUGUUGGGUUUAAGAAUGAUUUCUCCCAUUUUGAGCUAUGCUGAACUUUUAAGGCUUAGUAAAAGUCAGACUCUACUUGUAUAUAUUUCAAGAAGAGGAAAUGCUGAUAUGCAAGGGGAAGAAGUUCACUGCUAUUCCUCUCACCGUGCCAUAGCAGAGCUUGCUUAUGUCAUUUGCCUUUGGGUACUGCAGCUUGCCAUGCCACAAGGGGAACAAUAGA